GGUCUCAGGACCCAGCAUUUGAAGCGCGCAUUGCGGAACCAGGGAGGCCGCCUGAUCACUCCCACCACCAUUUCGCGUGCUUCCCCAGUCUCGCCGCCACACUGCGAUCGCCAGCGGGCCUGUACUAGUAUGUGAUUACAUAGAAUGUGAUUCUCCCCCCUCGCACCUUUCCCGCAUGUCACCACCAUGCCGGCCGCGCUCUCCCUCGUCCCCCACCCGCCCCCGCACACCUCUGCCCCUGCUCCAUGCCAUGUCGCGUUCCCCCCCCGCGCCUCUCAUGCGCCGCCUAUCGCCCGCCACUCCACGCUGCCUGCCCGCCCCUCAUCGCCGUCGCGCGCUCCCUGUCCCUCCGCCGCCUCGCGCGUGUCCGUCCGCACGUCUUCCGCGGCGCGCAGAGCGGGAUCCAUUGUUGGUUCAAGCCCAGAAUUCUUCCGCCUAGGGGCGCUCUCUCCACGCCACACGGCAGGUUGCGCGCCACUCUCCCCCUUCCCCGCCUUCCCCGCCGCUGCGCGUCACGGCAGCGCCAGCAGCGCGUGGCUUACAGGCUCCUCGCGCGUGCACGCGCUUCCCUCGCGCGUCUCAAGUCCGCUACUCGCGCCCUCCCCAUUCACUCGCCAUUCCGCGCUCCUCCUUCCGCCCCCCGCCGUUGCGCCCAACGGCCGCGGCGGAGGGCACAGGGGCGGAGGGCGCGUGGUGUGCGGUAGAGUGAAGCGGGGGAACGACAGCAGCGCGGAUGGGCCUACUGCUGGCGCGGGGGCUGGCAGUUCUGGCGGCGCUGGCGGCGCUGGUGGCGCUGGUGGCGGUGACAGUGGCGGAAGCGGUGGGGGAGGCAGUAGCGGCGGAAGCAGUAACGGUGGUGGCAGUGGCGGCAGCAGCAGCGGCGGCGGUGGUAGGUCAGGCAGGUCAGGUGGCAGCGGCAGCAGCAAACCAUCCCCUCCCGCUGAAAGCCUCAACGGAUGCGCCUCCCCUGCCUCCCCGCCCCCCCCACCCGCCCCGCGCCCAUCCUCCUCCUCCACCCCCCCUUCCCGUUCCCCAAAGCCCCCCACUGCCUCUGACACGCCCCGCCGUGGUGCCCCUGCAUCGCCCUCCCCCCAACCCCCCGCGGAUGCAGCGCCCCCGUCUUCCCCUGCGCCCCUGGCGGCCGCGCGGCGGCGGCGCAGGCGGGAGCGGGGCGUGGGGUGGAGGCGGGUGGCGUGGGGGCUGGCGGCGCUGCUUCUGUGGGGCGGGGGGGCGUACGCGCAGCAGAGGGCGCGGCAGUACGUGCAGGCGCGCGUGCUGCCCGUGGUGGCGGCGGCAGUGAGCGCGCAGGCGGGCAGGCAGGUGACGCUGGGGCGCGUGCAGCAGCUGCUGCCGUGGGCGGUGAGCCUGGGGCCCCUGGGCGUCGGCCCCAGCACGUCUGAGUUCUCAUGUGCGGAGGCAGAGGCGGUGCAUGUGAAGCUGCACCCCUGGGCGUCGGUGGCGCGGGGGCGGGUGGUGGUGGGCGCGGAGGUGGCGCGGCCCACGGUGGUGGUGGCGCAGCAACCCGACUGGACGUGGCUCGGCAUCCCCGGCGACAUGGACGCCCCCGCCCUCCCCGCCUCCGCUGCCCCGCCCAUCUCUGCGCGAGCCUACCAGCAGCGCCAGGCUCGGGACGCAGCCUCGGUGGCAGCAGCGGAGGAGCGGGACAGCCUGGCGCUGAGAGGGGCGCAGAUCCAGUACCGGGGGGAGGGGGGCGCACUGGGGGCGGAUGGUGGGGUAGGGGAGGAAGGGGAGGGAGGGGAGGGUGGACGUGGACAAGGGAGAGUAAUUGGGGGUGCGGAGGUGGGUGCGGGUGUGACAAGGGGCGAGUGGGAGUGGGUGGCAGAGCAGCAGCGGGCAGCAGAGAGGGCUGUGAGCCAGGCCCUGCAUGCUGCAGUGGUGGCCCUGGGGUGGGUGGGGGACGAAGGGCCCCUAUUUCCUGCCCCAGCACCACCCCCAGCCGUGAGCAAUGACCCACCCGCAAUGGACAGCGCCCCCAGCAUGGCGCCCCUGACUGCCCAGCAGCGCCUGCUGUCGCUCUCCGCCUCUGCCGCGCUCGCCCACCUCUCCUCCCUGCCGCCCCACCUCAUGCCGUCCCCCCCCGCGCCCGCUGCCACCGCUGUGCUGCCUGCACAACAUGGCGCGGGGGGCGAGGGCGGGGGGAGAGAGGGAUGGAGCGGUGCGGGUGGCGUGGAAGGAGAGAGGGCGGCGGGGAAGGGCAGCGAGGGGCGUGCAGGUCGGAUGGAGGGCAGAGAGAGACGAUCAGGCCAUAUGCAGGAUGGAGAAAGCAGCACAGGAAAGAAGGACGAUGGGGUUGUGAGGACGGCGGGAGAUGGCAACACGGGCACAAAAGGGCCAGUUGCAGUAGUUGGUGCAGGUGAGAGUGAAGCAAGAGGGGGGGCGGGUAGAGGGACGGAUGCAUCAUUGGGGGCAGGGCGAGGGAGAGCGGGCGAGGGCAGUGCAAGCAGAGGUGAGGGGCGCAGUGAAGGGGAGGGCAGCGAGUCGGCUCUGAGGGAGGCACUGGCGGAUGCCAUCAGGCAGCGAGUGGCAGGGCAGGCGGCCGGGCAGGUGGCUGGGCAGGUAGCUGGGCAGGUAGCCAGGCAGGUGAAAAGACAGGUGGCAGGGCAGGGCGAGAGACGCACAGUAGGUUUGGAGCAAGAGGCGUGGGUGAGAGGGAGGGGGGAGAGAGAGAUGGUAGAGGCACAAGGGACACGGCAGGGAGCAGCAUGGAGGGAUGAGGCAGCGGAGGGGGGGGUUACCUCGUUGAGCGCUGAUGCUGCCAGUGGCUGCACCGCCGCUCCUCCUCUUGCUGCUGGGGUUGCUUCCCAGGCGCAGCAGCAGCAGCAGCAGCAGGUGCAGCAGGUGCAGCAGGUGCAGCAGGUGCAGCAGGUGCAGCAGGUGCAGCAGGAGUACAGAAGUGAGCCAGCGUCCUCAGUCGUGGUGGCAGGCACACAGCAGCGGCAGCAGCAGCAGCAGCAGCGCCAGCCAGGAAUACCGAAGCUAGAGCUUCCACCCCACACUGCUGCUGAGUCCCUCCCGCCGCUCUCCUCCCCCCCGCGCGUAUCCAAGGGGGGUCUCCCUGCGCCUGUGUGUGCGCGCGAGUGGGCGUUGCGCAAGCUCCACACGGCACCAGGGCGAGGGGGGCCAGAGCAGGGAGAGGCGCGCGGGGAGGGGGAGCAGGGGCCGCGUGAAGCCGGGCGGGUGGGUGCGGUGGCAGCAGCAGGGCCAGCAGCGGCAGUGGCAGCGCGUGCAGCAGUGGCGAGUGAAGUGUCAGGGGCCGGAGGGAGCAAGGGCGCGCAGGAGGCAGGGGGGGGAGGGCGGGUGGUGCCAAUGAUGGAGGGAGUGCGGGUGCAUGGGGGCACGCUCGUGCUCGUGGCGUAUGGCGACCAGCAGCCACGCGUGGUGGAGCACAUAGACGCGCAUGUGAGCUUCCCCUCGCUGCCCCGCUCCUACAAGCGCAUCAAGGUGGACGCCCACGGCUCCCUGCGCUCCUGCUGCAACUACCCUGCCGCCCCCUCACCCACCACCGCCACCACCACCACUGCCUCCUCCUCCUCCUCCUCGUCCCCCCAGCCCCCCAGCAGCAGUGGCAAGGGAGCAACCUCCACGCCUUCCCCUGGCAUGCCUGAUGGAGCCGCAGCAGGGGGGAAGCAGGCGGCAGGGGAGGGGGGAGGCGGGCUGCUGCGUGUGGCAGUGGAUGUGGACGAGGAGCAGCACGAGUGGGCUGUCACCGUCACCGCACACAACCUCUUCGCACCCGUGGUGGAGCGGCUGCUGGAGAUUCCCCUGGAUUGGUUCGGCGGCAGACUCGAUGGGCAGGUGCACCUGUGGAUGGGAGCGGGGGAUUCUUUCCCCAACUUCAAGGGCCGAGUUGACGUCAGAGACCUUGCUUUCCAAAUAUGGGAGUCACCCUGUGCUUUCACUGGCGUGCAAGGCGCGGUGGUGCUGGAGGGGCAGCGGCUGUUUCUGCACGGCGUGGAGGGGCGGUACGGCCACGUGCCGCUGCGGGCGUCGGGGGACAUGGACCUCAACCAGAGCGGGGGGGGGCAGUACCGCAUCUCCGCCCAGGUUCAACCUGUGGAGGCGAAUCUGCUGAUGAAGACUCUCAACGCCAAGCCCUUGCCAUACCCGCUGGCAGGACGGCUGCAAGGACUGCUCUUCUGCCGCGGGCCUCUCGAUGCGCCGUUAUUUGAGGGCACUGCUGAGCUGGCAGCAGAGCCUGCUGAUGUGGACGCGGCAGUUGCUGCUGUGGCGGGGUCGGAUGCAGCGGAGGCAGUGGCGGCGUGGCGGCAGGAGGGGGCGGUGGGGGCGUAUGACCGCGUGCCCUUCUCUUCUGCGUCUGCCAACUUCACCUUCAACACUGACGACUGUGUGGCUGAGCUGCACGGGGUGCGGGCGGUGCCGGUGGGAGGAGGGGAGAUUCGAGGGGCAGGCACACUGUGGGUCUGCCCUCAGGUGAGCGGAGGUGGACCCGUCGGCAGUGAAUGUGGACUGCUGGGCGUCGGGCGUGUCUCUGGACCGCCUGCUCGCCUUCUACCUGCCGUCAACCGCCGCCCCGCCCCCCUCGCUGCUGGGCCUUGCGUCUGGCGAAGCAGGCUUCAGAGGCUCCCUGCUCUCCCCCACGGUGGAGGCGGUGUGGAAGGCCCCUCAGGCGCGGGGUCCACUGGAGGGCAUGCAGGGCUCGCUGUCUCUCUCACGGGACACCGCCCACGCCGCCACCCACGCGCACGCCCUGGACCUCCUCGCCUCCGCCUCCCUCUCUGCCCCUCCCCCCUGCCCCUCUCCCCGCGCCCACGCCGCAGCGCCUCACGCCCGUGGCCAGUGCUGUCGCUUGACCUGCCAGCACUGCCCCCACGGCCGCGCCUGGAGCGCGUGGAGAGUGACGUGCGCCUGCGCGCCUUCGACGCCCUCGCCCUGCUGCCCGCUGCCCCCCUGCCGCUGCCACCACCCCAGCCAUCUCUGCGCCACCUGCGGCUGUCGGGACGCCUCAAGCUGUCUGCGCGCGUGCCGUGGGGGGAAGAGGUGCAGGCUGGCAGGGAGGGCGAGGCAGGGGGAGGGGAGGGGCAGGAGGCAGGGUUGCCAGGGCUGGAGGGGAGUGUGCUGAUUCAGGGGCUGAAGCUGAACCAGCUGCUGCUGGGGGCGAACCUCUCAGGCGCCGUGGCGGUGAGUCCAGGCGGCUUCAACCUGCACACCGUGGGGCGCGGCGAUGAGCACCUCAUGCUGCAGCUCUCAGCCAAUGGCGUGCUGCCACCUAUCCCUGCCGUCCAGUCCACCACAUCCUCCUACAUGCCACAGGCACAAGCCUCUGUGGCGGCCUUUCCUCUGCCCGAUGCAGCAGCGGCAGCAAGCAGUGCGGAUGGUGCCCUAGGGCCGGGCAUGGCAGGGGGCGUGGCGGGGGGGGCAGUGCGGGUGCAGCGGGGGCAGAUGAGCGUGGAGGGGCAGGUGCAGGUGGGGGCGGCGGCGGUGCUGGAGGUGCGCGCGCUGCCGCUGGACGAGCUCGAGCUGGCGUCGCUGCGCGGCCUGGUGGAGCGCGCCGCCGUGCGCCUCAACUUCGCCAAGCGCCGCGGCCAUGGCACCCUGGCUGUGCGGCGUCCGCGCUUCAGUGGCAUGUUGUGUGACGCUCUGCACGCCGCCUUCCGGUGGACUGGUGACGUGGUGACGCUGGAGCGGUCGGUGCUGGAGCAGGCCAACAGCCGGUACGAGGUGCAGGGGGAGUACGUGCUGCCAGGGAUGCGCGACUGGGACAGAGACAGAGACAGCUCGUCAGUCACAGGCAUGGCUCACACCCCUGACGCCACGGCCACUGCUUCUGCCACAGCCUCUCACCGCGGGUCGGACUGGGAUGCGGAGCAGCAGCGGGCCAUGCCGGGGCAGCUGCACGCCAUGAUGACGUCCAUUGGCCGCUGGCGCAUGCGCCUCGACGUGCCCCAUGCUGACAUCAGCGAGAUGCUCCCUGGCCUGCGCAUUUUGUCUCGUAGCCACGACCCGGCGGUUCUGUUUCGGUCCAAGGAGCUCUUCCUGCACGGCAUCGAGGGCGUGGGCUUUGCCUCGCACUCCCUGCAGCACCAGCUCGAGUAUGUGCGGGAGAAGAGGGAGCGGGAGUGGGAGCCAGCGGGCGCGGACUGGGGGGGCAAUGGCGACACGUCCGCGUCGUUUGACGUGCACGGCAGCGACUGGGAGGCGGGCAGUUACCGCCUGCAGCAGCUGCAGGCGCGGGGGCGGUACAGCAACACGGGGGGCCUGCAUGUGGAGCGCCUGCUGCUGCAGAAGGACGACGGUGCCACGGUGCAUGCGGACGGCACGCUCUUCGGCCCCGCGCCCAACCUGCACUUCGCCCUCCUCAACUUCCCCGCCCACCUCGUCCCAACCUUCCUGCAAGCCCUCCAAGCCGCUGCCCCCUCCCAGCCGUCUGCUGCCUCGGGUGCCCCGUUCCCCCCUCGCCCCCUGCAGGCGUGCAGCAGGCGGCGGUGCGGGGCGUGGUGCACGUGGAGGGCGACCUCUCGGGCUCCUUCGCCCAGCCACAUGGAUGGACUGCGGCUGCUGGACGGCGAGAUAGCGGGCGUGGCGCUGGGGCGGGCAGAGGUGGCGGCGUCCCUGACGCCGGCAUCGCGCCUGCUGUUUCAUGCGGUGCUGGAGCCCGCCCUGGAGGCCGGGCAGGUGCGCGUCAAGGGCAACGUGCCGCUGCCGCCCAUGCAGGGCGCGCAGACAGGCCAGGAGGUGCAGGGGGGGAGCAGAGAUCUGGGUAAUGGAGGGAGGAGGGCAACCUCUGUUGGGAGCAGAGAGGAGGAGAAGCGGGGUGGCAAGGCAGGUGAGAGAAAGCAGAAGGCGGCAGCGGAGGGGAAGACGAGGAAGGAAGGCGCGGGUGCAACGCGGGAGCGGACGGGAGAGAGCAGCCGCAUAUGGCAUGACUGGGACUGGCUGGAGCGAGAGGGAGGGCUGUGGAGCGAGGGCAAGGGGAGCGGCGAUGGAGGCGAGGGCGAGGAGAAGGGCGAGGAGGAGGCAGGAGAGGAAGGGGAGGGGGAGGAGGAGGAGGAGGAGGCAAAGAAGGGGCCGGAGCUGCUGCGCAGUCUGGCGGAGUUGGAGCGGGGGUUUGAGGGCGAGGAGCAGGUGGAGCGCAUGGCGGUGGACGCUAGUGUGACGGACGCCGGCAUGAUGCUGCUCACCGCUCUCUCACCCUCCUUCCGCUGGAUCCAAGGCCACGCCGCCAUCUCUGCUCAGCUCCGGGGAACACUAACUCACCCUGAGGUGGCAGCAGAGGCGGUGUUCAGCCGGGUGACGGCGUCCUCGCCAGUGCUGCCGCGCCCGCUGACGGGGGGGGGGGACGCAUCCGCGUAGCGGCGCAGCAGCUGCUGGUGGACGGGCUGGAGGGGCGCGUGGGGCGGCGCGGCACGCUCAGGGUGGAGGGCACACUGCCGCUGGGGCUAGGCGCACAGGUGGCGGGGGGGGAAGGGAGGAGGGGGAGGGGGCGCAGGCGGUUGGUGGGGUGAGAGGAGGGAGCGAGGGUAUGAGGGAGAGGAUGGGCGAGGGUAUGAGGGAGAGGAUGAGCGGGCAGACUGAGCAUUCACGUGACAGCAUGCGUGGGGAGGGAAUUACCAUUAUGGCGGAGAACCUUGAAGUGCGCGCGCGCAAUGUGUUCAGGUGAGC